AUGGCGCCCUCGUUCACGGAUGCCUGGAAAACUGCGAUAGAAGCUGAGAAGGAGCUCCUACAAUGUUUCUCGCAGGAACGGCGCACGUUCGAUGAAUUUGAACACUUCCUAUCCGAGUUCCGGAUUUCCUGCCAAAAUGCAAUCCUCCUUGAUUUCGAUGCCGCCCGCGAAGCUGAUGUAGAGAGUCGUCUAUGGGAUGCGCACCUGAAAGUGAACAACCGGUUUCGCAAGCAGCUUCUUCGCUUCCGCGAAGAACACGGCAAAAAGAAACCAGUGGAAAGACGGAAACUUGAACGACACUACCUUGAUUUUAUCAAGUCGAGCCAGCGGUUCUACCGCGGAUAUAUCCAACAUUUGUCGUCACGCUUUGGAGGGAUCGUGGAGCUGGAGAGAGUUGCGCGCAAGUUCAAUUUCGAGAAUUUGUCAAGCCAAUCUCCUAUCAAGCCCUCCAACGACCUGCGCAAGCGCAUCCUCCAGUCAUGCCACGCGACGCUUAUAAGACUCGGAGACCUUUCCCGUUAUCGCGAAUCGGAACUCGUCAGCAAGGAUCGCAAUUGGGGCCCUGCCAUCGGUUAUUACGAUCUGGCAUCGGUGAUCAACCCUGCAUCGGGAGCAUCCCAGAACCAAUUGGCGAUUAUUGCACUCGCAGACGGAAACCAUCUUCGCGCUACAUAUCAUCUCUACAGAGCCCUUUCAGCUCAAGAGCCGCACCCUACCGCAAAGGGUAAUUUGGAGAUCGAGCUCCGAAAAAUCAUGAGCGCAUGGGCGAAAAGGGAGCUAAUCCGUCCUGAAGAUGCCGGUAUUCCCGGUAGAGCUUUGACGCCGUGGUUUUUAUACCUUCAUGCCAAAUGUUACAAAGGAAUUGAUUUCGCGGAGCAUGAUGAACUGGAGAGUGAAGUCCUCAGCCAACUUGCAGUUGAAAUUAGAGAACGGUCACUUGAAGGUACUCUUCAGAAGUUCUGUCUCAUCAACAUUGCCGCCGAAGAUUUUGCCAGGGCCCGGUCGUUUGAGGAAUCCGUCUCGGAUGCCCGCGUCUUUUUUCAACGAAUCAAUGUAAAGACUUUCUUCACCUUGCUGCAAAUUCUCUUGGUGGAAUUGGAACGGACUGCUUCAUUUGAGGAUUCGAACGGCAAAGACGCAUUGCCUAGCCCAGACAAGGUGACAGUGGUUGCUCGCCGGAUCUUGCCAGCACUUCGGCAUUACAGCUCCUGGCUACUCACAAACAGCCAGUCUCUAGCUGAACAAAAGGAAGAAAAGGACUCCGCGCUGUCGAUUCAGAUCAAAGAGUUCUGGAAAAUUUACGCUGGCACACUGAGUUUACUUGCAUCCUCAUUCGACGUUGUGCGCCUUCCCGAAAUUGACUAUCUUUUGGAAGAGGACGAAGAGAGCCUUGGAUUUGCACCUCUGGAUCAAGAUGCCACCUCUCGCCGUUAUAUAGGAGGCGGUGAUCUGGCCAAGCCCCGGAUGCACGACCUUGGGGUGGAAAGGAGCCACCCUAAUAUGGAAAUGCUCUACCGGAUCCGUGAGUUUGUCAUUGAUGGGCUUGAUCUGGUUGUGAGCAAUAGAAUCCCGGUGGCUCUUGUGGAUAACGAAGACAAGAAAACAUUCAUCUACCAGGAAGAGGAUCUGCCAUCACAAUUCUACUCUAGCCCCCAUGGUCGGCAGCAUGCGGUCUCAUCCGCGAGCAUCGAGCGUGAGGAUAUUCCCCAGGCAACCCAGGAUUCUCACUCUGCCGCAGAGGCUCAAAGCUUGUUCGGUGGUUCCCAGUCUGCAUCGGCAUCCAUGUCCGCCAAUAUGAACCGGAUUGUUGAAGGCGUUGAGCGACUUGUCGACUCAGACACCUAUGAGAAUGCUCCCAAUGUCCCUGACCAAUUUGCUUUCCUGAGCCCGGUUGGAGAGAUGUCCACGCCCACACAUGUGUCCCCGAAUGCCAGUUCUUAUCCAUUCGGCGAAGAGAACUCACCAUCACUCGGCACCCCUAUCGCUCCUCCGCCUGGGCUUAGACCACCAGUUGUCAACUCGGCUGAUUCUCUUCGAGUAUCGUCUGCUCAGUCAUAUACUCCCAGACCUGCCAUUCCCAGUCUCCCCAGUAUUUGGACUCCGCUGAGAGAACCCGCCCCUCCACGUACUCCUCCUGGCCUUGGCCCGCAAGUCGGUCAACAAGCUCCCCUGCACCCAAUGGCCUCCACAAACGCCAUAAGCUCCGAGAGAUCCUUAUCAAAUGAACAGCUCGCACAUGAACUCAUGCUGCGACGCAAUUUCGCACAGACUCAGUACUCAAACUCGCUGGAUGUAGGAUCAAUGCCCACUCCGUGGAUGUCACCCAGCAUGUCCAACACGCAGCCACGGUCCACAGCAAACGGUUGGGACCGGGAUCCUCAUGGCAGAACGACCUUUGGCGCAUUCGAAAUUCCAAGCCAAACACAGCCGAGUAGCCUGGGACAUCCCUCAUGGGCCAACGAAGCAUUCAUUGCCAGCAGCCUCGCCCAAGCGACCCCCUACAGCUCCGGAAUCGGAGGACGUAAAUCCGCAACCCAGCUCGGAGCAAUCGGUCAAACCCCACCCUGUGGCCAAGGAGGCUGA